AUGAAGAGAAGUUAUUGGAGGGAUAAAGAGAAGCGUGCGUGGAGCGGUCGCAAACCGAGUUACCAUCGCCGCCGGUAUGGAAGAACCUAUUGCGACCACUAUCCUGAAAGACCUGAAGAGGAGGAGACGGAGUCCCCCGUAAAUACAGGCCCCAGUAAUAGUGAAAAUUCUUCUUCCAGUUUAACACAGAACUCUAUAGCACCAGAGCUGCCAGGAUUUUACUAUGACUCGGAAAAGAACCGUUAUUUUCGUCUAUUGCCUGGACAUAAUAACUGCAACCCACUCACCAAGGAGAGCAUUCAGUACAAAGCAAUGGAAUGUAAAAGACUGAGGCUCUUAGAAGAGGAAGAAAAACAAAAGAAGAAGACAGCAAGGCCUGGACUGAACUCAUCUAUGCUGUUGCGUAAAAGGCAGCUGGGUUUACUUAGCUCCAGAAGUUAUUGCAGACUAGUCCAUGAACUAAAAGUAAACUGCAUGCAGAGGCGGAAGAUAGAAAUCCAUAGUCCAGAUUCCUCAGUCACUGGAACCAACAACUUUAAAAUAAUUGUGGCAGAUGGCGCUUGUGAGCGGAUAUUCACUGUGAAUGAUGUAGAACAUGGAGGGUGUAAAUAUGGGAUCAUCAAUCUCAGUGGUUUGGGGCAGGAGUCGCUCACUGUAGAGAUGUAUGACAACCUUUACUUCACAAACCGCAAGGUGAAUUCUGUGUGCUGGGCAUCACUGACUCAUCCAGAUUCUCAUGUUUUGCUGUGUCUCAUGGGAAUUGCAGAAACGCCAGGCUGCGCCAGCCUGCUUCCCGCGUCGCUGUUCAGCAACUCUAACCCAGGAGAUCGACCAGGAAUGCUGUGCAGCUUUAAGAUAUCCACUGCCUGGUCCUGUGCGUGGUGCCUGAAUCCCCAGGCUGACAACUGCUUCAGCACGGGCCUGACACGGCGCGUUCUUGUGACCAAUGUAGUGACAGGCCAUCGACAGACAUUUGGAACCAACAGUGAUGUUCUGGCACAACAGUUUGCCACACAGAGCCCAGUGCUGUACAACGGCUGCCGCUCAGGUGAGAUUUUCAGCAUCGAUGUGCGUCAGCGCAGCCGAAAGGGCCAGGGCUGGAAAGCAGUUCGUCUCUUCCACGCCUCGGCAGUUACCUCUCUCCGCCUUCUCCAGGCCGAACACUAUCUCAUGGCAGCAGACAUGGCUGGAGAGAUAAAAUUGUGGGACCUUAGAACAACGCAGUGUGUGAAACAGUACAAAGGCCAUCACAACGAAUAUGCUGUUCUCCCCCUGCAUGUGAAUGAGGAGGAGGGACUUCUUACAGCAGUGGGCCAGGACUGCUACACCAGAAUCUGGAGCCUGCAGGACGCCCACCUGCUCCGAACCAUUCCUUCUCCCCACCCCGCCACCAAAGAUGCCAUUCCCAGUGUGGUGCUUUCUUCGAGGCUUGGCGGUAGCCGUGGAGUUCCUGGCUUGCUCAUGGCUGUUAAACAGGAUCUCUACCACUUCUCUUACAACUGA